ACAUGUCCCAGAGUGGGGACUACAGGGCUGAAGGCUGGAGAGGAGGAAACAUGACAGAACACAGAACCUUUCAUCUCACUGUCUGUGCAGAAGGUGGUGAAGAAGAGUCUUAUGUAGCAUAUGAUGGCAGUGCUGUACUGUGUAGUCUGAAUUCCACUCUAGAUCACGGGAGCAGCAUACAGCUGUACAGAAGUAGCGCGCAAUAUAAUCUGAUCCAAAAUCAUUAUAAAAUUACAUGGUCUGACUGGACUCUGGUCCUGGACACCGACUCCUCACUGGAGCCACUCGUGGAGGAUCUGAGGGGCAGACUGCAGGUGGAUCUCAACACCUCUCAGGUCACACUGGCUGGGCUUAGAGAAUCUCCCUCUGUCUUCUGUUGUGCAGUAUGGAGAGGAGCUCAAUGCCAAAGCUAUAGCUACAGAGAUGUUAGUACACUUCCUAAAUAUGUCUUUGCUUAUGAAGAGGAGAAUGUGACUCUUCCCUGCAUUCUGAAAGGAGAGCUCCCCAGAAAAGUGCACUGGGUCUUUCACAAUGGGUCUGUCCAGUCCAGCAUUAAUCAGACUCAACCACAGGAAGUGAUGUACAUGCUAAACGGCAACCAGACAGAUAACUACUCCCUCAUCAUCCCCUCUGUGUCACUACAACACUCUGGGCGGUAUACAUGUGUGGAGCAUGAUUCUACUACAGAAAUGGGUUUCCUCUUUGUUUGUAUGAAAUUCUCUCUUUUGGAUGUGGUGUUUUCUCAUGGUGAAAGUGUCCUUCUGGAUAUUACUGAACACUUGAAUGAGUCUUUCAUUCCAUAUCAUUCCAUCCAGUGGUACCGUCAGAAAGUGUUCCAGCCACAGGUUCUGAUUGUAGACUUCCAUAAUACUUAUAAAACAAAACUUGUGCCUCUACCUGAAGAUCUGAGGGGCCGAGUGACUGUGUCCAAUUUACUUUCUAAUUCCACUCUGACCAUCUCCAACCUCACAGCAGAGGACAGCGGGCUGUACACAUGGAGAGUGUAUGGACGUAAGGGGACAUUAGGAAAUGAAAUCUAUUUUUGUUUUGAGGGCACCUUCCGCCUUGUGUACAGGGAUCCGUUUGGGGUGCACUCUCCUUUCUACAGAGCGUACGCUCCACUGAUGGGCUGUGUGCUGCUGGGGCUGGUCACUGCUGUGAUCUGAUUCAGGCUGAGGAGCAGAAGAGGAGAGCAGACCUCUGGACGUCAGAGCAGAGAGGGUCAGCAGAGUGGAGAUGAAGACCUCUAUGAUGAAGUGGAGAUGGCUGAACUCAACACCUGAACUCAACACGCUUCUCUCUCCUGUGUCUGCUGUAGCUGCUGAACUCAACACCUGAACUCAACACGCUUCUCUCCUGUGUCUGCUGUAGCUGCUGAAU